GGGCCCCAGCGCAGGGCGGGCAGCGGGCGGGGGCUGCCGAGCCCCGCCGCCGGAGCCACGGCACCGCCGCAGCCCGCGGAGGGCUCUGCCUCGCUGCUCUUUAUUUGUUUUGCCUACCCUCUGUCUUUUUUGUCUGGGGUUUCUUUCGGUUGAUUUUUUCAAUUUUUUUUUUUUUUUUUUUUAAAUCGCAUUUCCCCCCCCUUUCCCUCGCCACUCGCCCGGGCUCUGCGGAAGGAAGCGCCCGCGCUGCCCCGCGGCCGGAGCGCCCCGCGCCCGCCCAGAGGGGCCCCGCGCCCCGCGGAUGUGCGGAGCUCCCCCCGGAUCCCUCCCGUCCUCCCGCCGGCUCUUUGUCCUCACGCACCUACGACCUUUUUUUUUUUUUUUUUUUUUUUUGAAUAUUUUUUUUUUCAAGCAGACUUGAUCAUCACCGGGGGCUGGGAGGGUGGGGGGCCCCGCGGCGCUGCCAGACCGACCCCUGCCCAUCGCUCCUAAGGAACUCUCAUGGCUUCACGGCUGCAGACAAGUUGCCGUGCAUCGUGCUGGACUAUCGGAGUUUGCAUCCUGGCAGCCGCGCUCCUACCAGGGCUGCAAGCUCAGACUGUCUUGGUCAAUGACACCGUCUCGGGGUUCAUCGGCACGGACGUGGUGCUGCACUGCAGCUUCACCAACCCACUGCCCAUCGUGAAGAUCACGCAGGUGACGUGGCAGAAGGCCACCAACGGCACCAAGCAGAAUGUGGCCAUCUACAACCCCGCCAUGGGCGUGUCCAUCCUGUCCCCCUACAAGGAGCGGGUGACUUUCCGGAACCCUUCCUUCAAGGAUGGCACCAUCCAGCUGUCCCGGCUGGAGCUGGAGGAUGAGGGGGUUUACAUCUGUGAGUUUGCCACUUUCCCAACCGGCAACCGGGAAGGGCAGCUGAACCUCACCGUGCUGGCCAAGCCCACGAAUUGGAUGGAGGGCACCAAGAGGCCGCUUAUUGCCAAGUCUGGCAGGACAGAAAAGAUCCUGGUAGCCACCUGCACCUCCUCCAACGGGAAACCCCCCAGCACCGUCACCUGGGACACGAAGCUGAAAGGGGAAGCGGAGUUCCAGGAGAUCCGGAACAGCAACGGCACCAUCACGGUGAUCAGCCGGUACCGGCUGGUGCCGAGCCGCGAGGCGCACCGGCAGCAGCUCAUGUGCGUGGUCAACUACCAGCUGGAGAGGUUCACCGACAGCAUCACCCUCAACGUGCAGUAUGAGCCAGAAGUCACCAUCGAGGGCUUCGAUGGCAACUGGUUCCUGAACCGCAAGGAUGUGAAGCUGAUCUGCAAAUCUGAUGCCAACCCCCCAGCUCACACCUAUGAGUGGAAGCUGCCAAACGGGACCCUGCCAGGGAGUGUGGAAAUCCAGAACAACACCAUCUACUUCAAAGGGCCCGUGUCCUACAGCGUGGCUGGCACCUACGUCUGCGAGGCCACCAACGCCAUCGGGACACGCUCGGGCUUGGUGGAAGUCAAUGUCACAGAAUUUCCCUACACCCCGUCUCCAAUCGAUGAUCACAAAUCCAUGGUGCAGCCGAACAUCCCCACACCGGUGAUUGGGGGCAUAGUGGGAGGCGUCUCGCUGGUCCUGGUGGUGGCCGUGGUGCUCUUUGUGGUACUCCGGCGCCGGCGUCACACCUUCAAGGGUGACUACAGCACAAAGAAGCACGUGUACGGCAACGGCUACAGCAAGGCUGGCAUCCCACAGCACCACCCCCCCAUGGCCCAGAACCUCCAGUACCCCGACGACUCGGACGACGAGAAGAAGCCGGGCCCCUUGGGCAGCAGCACCUAUGAGGACGAGGACGAGGACGCGGGAGGCGAGCGCAAGCUGGGCGUCCCCAAAGCCUACGAGGAGGAUGCCAAGAGGCCUUACUUCACCGUCGACGAGGGCAAGGCCCACCCCGAACCUUACGACGAGAGGACACUCGGCUUCCAGUACGACCCCGAGCAGCUCGACCUGGCCGAGAACAUGGUGUCGCAGAACGACGGGUCUUUUAUUUCCAAAAAGGAGUGGUACGUGUAGCUCCACGCCCCUGCGCUACACUCACACUCACUCACGCUCACGCUCACAAAAAACACGCUCGCGAGCGGUGCCCUCCCUCCCCCGCGGCCCUCCCGGCACACCCACGCACGCCCCAGCCGGCCCCGCACAGACUUUUCGGAUGCUCCCAGCAGGAUCGGGCGGGGCUGGGGGGUGAGCGGGGAGGGAGGGCGGCUGGCUUUGCUUACGGAUCAUUUUUUUUGGGGUGGGGCUCGUGCGGGAGGGCGGGAGGUCGGGUAAUUAUUUUCUCUCGGUUUUUGGUUUGGCUUUUUAAUUUCUCUCUUCGACGACUUUCGUCCCCUUCUGUGGUGUUUGUAUUGGUCGGUGGCUUAGGUGUUACUCUUUGCUUUAACGACUGUUGCCCAGCCUGUAUAUUACACUCUGUUUGUGUCUUCAUGUCUCAGAGUGCCCUUCCCUCCCCGAGGCUCCCUCCUCCCACUCCCACCCCCCUGAAACACUGGAAAUUUGUUUGUAUGUUGUCUUCUCUGUUUGUUUUUUAACCUUGGGAGGGGGGCAGGUGGGCUGUCCGUAGGACAGGGGCCAGGAGAGUUUAUGGCAAUGGAAACAUAGGUGCCAUUAUCAGGUGAAUGGAUUUUGGGGGUUUUUUUCCCCUAAUUACUUUUUUUUUCCGGUGGGGUCUGGGUGACACUCCCAUUGCCUGCUGCACACCUGGAGAGAUUCACACCCAGUUUUUAAUGACUCAAUGAAAGGAAAAUGAGGAGAAAGGGGGGAAAAAUAGCCCUAGACCAAACCCCAGGUGCAGGGGCUGAUAGCAGAGCAGGGAAACAAAACUGCCAUUUUCCUCCUACAAUUUAUUAUCACCUGGCUUUUCAUUUUUCUGUCUUUGUUUGAGUGUGCUUUUAAAAGAAAGAAAAGGAGUAUUUAUUGCUGACAUUUUUCCCCCUGUGAUGGCUCAGAGAAAGGCUGGCUCUUUUUGUUCUUGUUGCUGUUGUUGUCGCUGGUACCAGCCACAGAGCAGUUCACCAGGGCACAUCCACUGGGGAAGGGACCAACUGAGGACACUUUGCUUCCACACAUUCACUGCCUUCAGCUCUGCUCUGCACACCCUGCCAGGGCAGGACCAGCCCCCGAGGUUUAUUUUAUUAUACCACUAAGACUUAAUUGUCAUGUGUUUACACUUUGUUUUUUAUUCUGGUCAGAGCACGGGGGUGCUUCUCUCUCCCUCUUUCUCUCUCUCUCUCUCUCUCUCCCCUAGCAACAACCCCAGCCCGUGGCUGCACCACAUAGCUGGCAUUGAUUGCCACUUUUCCAAUAUCACAUCCCUCUCCUGAGCACGGGCUUGGCAGACAGGGUAGGAGGGACUGAGCUUGGGGUAUUGAUCUCGCCCUCCUUGCCUUGAGCCACGGCGUUGUGCUGGGGAGGUUUGGAUUGCUGCUAUCUCUGCUCUGUGGAUAAAUGGGAUUCCAGACUUCAGGGCCCUCUGUCUCACACCGACCAUCUCCAAAUUAGAUUCACUGGGUUGGGGCUUAUUUUUCUUCUUGUGGGUUAUAUAUAUUUUUUUUUUUUAAUUUGAUGUAUAAAUAAAUCUUUUGUUUGAAAAGAAAUCCCCAGUUUUUUUGUAUUAUCAUGCACAUCUAAAAAUAGCAGGACUAAUUCUCCUCCUGCCUUACCCGCUGGGUUUUGUUCCACAGCGGCGAUCCUGCUGCAGAAGGGAGGAGGGUGCAGAGGGAGACCCACACGGAUGAGUCAAGGUCAGAUCUCUGAUCCAGGCAGCCUCCAAAGCUUUCCUUCCCCGUGAGGUGCUCAGUGCAGACCUUGGGGAGCUCAGCCUGAGCCAUGCCCAGUUUGCUGUGAUUGCAUUAGUGGGGUAGGGCAGUGGGCAAUCCAAUUGUAGGGCUGUAAUCUCUCCGCGGUUCCUGCCAGCCCCUCAGGCUUCCUGGCUUCUGGCACAACAGCCACAUGCCACAGGAAGGCUGCUCUGUGUCCUCUCAGAGCCAGGGCAGGCAGAGAUUCCCUCGGGAUCCCUUAGGCUGAACCGUCCCAGGUCUGUCCGCUGCCACCGGGAGCACCCUGCUAGCAAGAACCCCCCCAGUAAAGGAAAUAAAACCUCUUAACAUCUCUCCAAAUCUCUGAUUACUGAUGAUUAGGGGUGGGAAUGACUUCCCUGCAGUGCCUUGGGAGAGCAGCACACAAAGGGCUUUGAUUCCCCAGAGGGAGAGCCUGUAAUCUGGAUCAGGGCAGAGCCUGCACAGUGUGUGGUGCAGGGAGAAUUCCCAACAAAGUCCAUCUCUGAAGUGAAUAAUCCUUCAGAGCUGGAUCCCACAACCAGGCUCCGAGCAGGACGGUGACAGUGCCUGCAGCACCAAACUCUGGGUGGUCAUCAGCAGGCACAGAGUGAGAUCAGUGGCACAGACCCUGCCCUGCAGAUUUCCCCCAGCACCCCGGGAGGAGGUGGCUUUGGAAGAAAACAACCUUUUAUAAAACCUGCAGGGUCUGGCAGGGAUUCUUCACGUGCAGGCAGAGGCCACUGCUCAGGUCUGGCAGAUUCCCACCACACUGACCCCACAGCUCUGUGUCCUGAAGAGCAAAGGUGCAAAGCCAACGGGGCAGAAGGCCUGGGAGAGUUCAGGAUGGUGUGGCUGUCCCCAAGUUCAGGGAUGACUGAAGAAACCCUAAGAAAUCUGCUUUGGGAGUUAUUACUUCGCCUUUGAAAGUGUCAUUUUUUGAGCUGUAGCUUCCUUGGCUUAUUUAUUGCCCGUUCACACACUGCCCACUUCGUGGGGGCUCAAAAAGCCAGUGGGAUCCAGGGAAAGGAAAGGAGAGAGUGGAGCAAUGUGGAAUUUCCAAGCUAAAGCCUAUGCACGGUUCCCUUCCUGCUGCAGCACUUCUUCCUGCCCAGUACUGCACCAGCCCAAAAUCAGGACUUAGCUCAGCCACUUACCUCCUCAGAGUGGUUCCGAAAAGGGGUCAAAUGAUCAUUUUUCAUCCAGAGCUUGGAGUGGAAGGUCCUUAGACAGCGUUGCCUGGCACAGCAGCGAGGCACCCUGCGAGUUCAAGGUUCAGUGCUGCAUUUCUCUCAUCCUUGAGCUCUCCAGCAUUGCUCCCCUGGUGCAAUUAUCGCCACAGCCACGGAGAAAUGCCACCUCUGCUCCGUCAUUUGCUUCUUGCUGUCCCUUGCAAGGUCAGCUAGAUGGCCAAGAGACUCUUGGGGUGGUAAUUAGCUGAGUGAUUAGCCAUUAAUCCAUAGCAAGGUGGAAGAAAAAAGAAGUGUGGGGGAAGAAAAUCAGAUUGAUGCUUCAUCUGAGGGCUGUUUGGGUCCAGUAAUAGCAUCGCUGCCUUCUCUGGGUUGAAUUGCUCUGAGGGGGCCCUUGAAGGGAAUUAGAUGAGAUUUUCCACCAUCAUCCAGCAGAAAGUGAGAUCUGUCCCUCCCUGCAGCUCAGGAGAGAGGCCAAAGUGAAGAAUCACCUGCAUCCUGCUCCCAGGAGCUUCUGCAGGAGGGGAAUGUGCUGGGACCGUGCAGGGCCCACCAGCAGGGCCAGCCCGGGCUGUUCUGUGCUCUGGUGAUGGUGUCACUUGUCCCUUUGUGCCUCAGUGUCCCUCAGUGGGCAGAUUCUGUCAGGCUGGAGUGCCACACAUGAGCUCACAGGCCGGGCCACCUCUCUGGGACCCUCAGGCUGCCUCGAGUGAAAAAUCCCCUGCUUCUCCACCCCCCCGGCAUCAGAGGUGCUAAGGAGGUGGAAGAUGCCCCUGUGGGACCUGGCAAAGGAGUGGGAGCUUCCAGUUGGGAGAGGGAAGCUGUCCAGGGGCCUCCUCCCCUCCACCUCGGUGCUAGGGAGCAGCUGCUCCCCAGGAAAUGUCCCAUCUCACACCAGUCCCAAACUGGUUUGCCCCACUGGCUGUGCCUGGGCUGCUUCUCUGCCUUCACAUGGCUCAGGGCUGGGUGUCAGUGCCUCAUCUCCUCCCUCCGAGGGAUCAUUGUCCAGGAGGGAUCCCUGCGCUGGGUUUUGCCAGGGAGCAGAGACAUCAGCAUGGUGCUUUUCCUUUUCCCAGCCCUCAUCCUGGAUGGCAAAGCUUGUGGUACCUCAGGGUGGGUGGGGAAGCUGAGCAGGCAGUGAGAGAGAGGUCAGCGACCCGAAAUUCAGGUGAAUUUGGGCCAAUCCCCCAUGUCCUUCCCGGUGUGAAUUCAGGGAGCUGUGCAAGCAAACAUAUCCGUGUCACAACCCACAACGAGCCCGUGCUUUAUGUACAAAGACACCACAGCUAUUUCCCUGCUGGGGCUUAACUCCAGGAUUAUUCAUUGCAAUUCACCCUAGUGAUGUUAUUUUCCCUUAUUUAAUUACCAGGUUUGUUGUUUUUUCUCCCCCUGUUAAAUCAUUUUCAUUCAAGCAGGGGGGGAGAAAAUAAAUUAAGGUAAAAACAACCUGAAGAUUUCCACGUGAAAUAAAUCAACUAAACUGAGAUGGUUGCACCAAAUUGAUUGCAAAGACUUGAGGGACAAAGGGAGCCAUUUUCCUGAUGUUGAGUGAAAAAGAAACACAACAACAGUUCAGCAAAAAUCACGGCGGGUCAGGGAGAGAGAGAUUCCAAAGAUUGAUCUCGAGGCAAUUAGAGAAGGGAGCGAGAUUGGAACGGGGGCUGCUGCUCUGCUUGGCCGUUCCCGUUUGCCACGCACACGCACGCACACGCAGAUUUUUGGGGGUUUGGGUACCCGAUGAGGUGGGGGGGAAAAUCCCCUUGCCCUUGUGGGGGUCAGAUGUGUCAUUCCUGCAGGCUCUGAGGCUUCCCAGUGUGGAAACAGGGGGAUCCCGGGUUGCCAGCAGGUUCAAAUCCACUUUUAAGUUUGCCUCCACCUCUGCUGUUGCAGCCCUGAAGUUUUGGGUCUGUGGGGACAGGGGGCACUGCCAGCAGCGUGUGGCUGCUGCCUGUCCCUUUUUUCUGAGGUGUGAAGCAGCACCUCACCCUCCCCACCCUGCACUCACUGCCCUCCUCCCAUCCCCUUCACACCCAAGGAAAUCUGCUGUGGGUUUGAGCUUUUCCUUGGGAGAAGCAGGGCAGUCCUUGGGACAGGGGAGGCUGUGAAGGUCUCGGGUCCCUCCCCAUCACCCCCAAACUCACCCCAGGGGUGGGGGACCAAGGGCAGAGGGGCUGGGGGAGAGCAGGGGGAGCUCAGCCCAUCAGCAAGGGAAGGAAAGCCAAGCCUUAGAGAGGAGGCUGAGCUUGGAUUUGGGACCAGGGAGAUUUUCCCCAUGUGAUUCCCCGGGGGUGAAUGUAAGGAGCACACGGAGGCAGAUCCUCCGCUAGCAGACGCUGGUGUUGGUGGAGGGACUCUCGCUGAGGAUCUGGAUUUUCUUUUCUUUGGCCUUUCUCUUUUUUUAAAACAUGAUUCCUCAGCUCCAGUGAUUUUCUCUCUUUUUCUUCGUCCUCUGGCUGUAAUGAUCAUUGUGGAAUUAAAACUGCAGACAGACAAACAAACAACCCCAACCCCACUUCUUUUCUUUUUUUUCUCUUUUUUUUUUUUUUUUUUUUUGGUAAUCUGUGUUGUAAGUGCUUUUGUAAAAAACAAAAAUUAAAAAUAAUAAUAAUAAUUAUGUAAUGGACUUUUAUGAUUUUGGUUUGGUUUUUUUUUUUUUUUUUUGGUUGUUGUUUUCCAUCCUUUGUAAUUUGUUCAUUUGGAGUCCUGGGGUGGGGGGGGGGGGUAUUUUCAUGGUUAUAAUUUGUGUGGGUAGGGUGUUGCAUCACCCUUCCUUUUACUUGUACAAAAAACAAAUAGUGGCUCAGCUGUGGAAAAAAAAAAUGUACUUUUUUAUAAAUAAAGAAUUUUAAAAAAAGA